AUGGCUGCAUGUAAAGAUAAACUGUAUCCCAACUGCGAUCCGACUGUAUGGCUCCGAUCCUGUGAGGAGGAGGUCACUGAACCAUUGGAAGGACAAAUUACAGGUGAAAUUCCAUCGUGGGUACGCGGUAGCCUGCUGCGGAACGGGCCUGGCUCACUCCAAGUUGGCUCCGAGAGGUUCGACCACCUGUUUGACAGCUCUGCCCUGCUGCACAGGUUUGCUAUCCACGAUGGGAAUGCUACAUACCAGUGCCGUUUUCUGCAGUCUAACACCUACAAGCGUAACCAGGCGGCGCGGCGUAUCGUCGUCACGGAGUUCGGCACCAGCGCGGCCCCUGACCCGUGCCACACCAUUUUUGACAGAGUUUCAGCACUUUUUGAUCCUGGAGAGUCAAUGUCGGACAACGCCAUGAUUUCUUUGUACCCAUUCGGUGACGAGAUGUAUGCCUUCACAGAGGGUCCAGUCAUUCACAGGGUGGACCCGGUAACGCUGGACACGCUGGGGCGGAGGAACCUGAUGAAGAGCCUUGCGCUAGUUAACCACACCUCGCAUCCCCACGUCAUGCCCAACGGAGACGUGUAUAACGUGGGCAUGUCCCUCGUAAAAGGACGCCUGCAGCAUGUCGUGGUCAAAUUCCCAUUCACUGAAAAAGGGGAUAUGUUCGAGCAGGCUCGCAUCGUAGGCAGCAUGAAACCACGGUGGCCCUUACACCCCGCAUACAUGCAUACGUUUGGAAUAACGGACAACUACUUCGUGAUAGUAGAACAGCCGCUAUCGGUGUCCCUGGUGAGCGUGGUGCGGAGCCAGCUCUCGAACAAGCCCCUAGCCCGGAGCUUGCAGUGGUACCCGCAGCACGAGACACACAUAGUCCUAAUAAGUCGAAAAACUGGGAAAGAAGUAACGCGAUACCGGACUGACACCCUGUUUUACCUCCACAUCAUCAACUCGUAUGAGCAGGACGGCAGGCUGAUCGUCGAUAUUUGCGCGUAUAACGAUGCUAAGGUGAUAGAUGCUAUGUACAUCAAGGCCAUUGAAUCGAUGCAAAGCAACGCAGACUACGCGGAGUGGUUUCGCGGAAGGCCCAAGCGGGUAGAGAUCCCGCUGGACGCCCCGCGGCUCACGCGCGUCGCGCCCCGCCUGCUGGCGGGCCUAGGCUGCGAGACGCCCAGGAUACACUACGACCUACACAAUGGAAAGCCCUAUCGUUUCUUCUACGCGAUUAGUUCAGACGUCGAUGUCGAAAACCCCGGACUGAUCAUCAAAGUGGACACGGCGACGAGUGAGAUUCGGACGUGGUGCGACGUGGACUGCUAUCCCAGCGAACCCAUCUUCGUACCGCGGCCAGGCGCUAAGGCAGAAGACGACGGCGUGUUGCUGAGCGCGGUGGUGCGCGGUGCGGGCGACUCGCGCGCCGUGGCGCUCCUAGUGCUGGAGGCCGCAACCUUACAUGAGCUGGCACGCGUCACGUUCCGCACGCCUUCGCCUGCGCCCAAGUGCCUGCACGGCUGGUUUCUACCCGAGCGCGUUUAGAGCCAGUUGCGCCUA